CUGGCUACCUCGGCACUCGCAUCUUUUCCAUGAGUCGGUGAACACCUUUAUACACGCAUCCAUACGCACGAAUCGUCCGAGGGUUCCUUUUGUAAACCGCCGUCGCAAUGAGUUCCGAAGCACGACUCUAUACCUUCUCUCAGGAGACGAAGGACCACCUGCGCAAGUUCAGGUUGACUACUUCCCGUGCCACCGGCCCGCAAGCUGUCAUUUAUAUGAUCGAUAAAAAGACGCACGAGAUCAAACAAGAUGACGACAAGGUAGUCUACAAAUCACUCGACGAGAUUGCGGAGGAUCUCCCCGAUAAUUCGCCGCGGUAUAUUCUACUCAGCUACCCACUAACACUCCCAUCUGGUCGCCUCUCUGUUCCCUAUGUACUCCUGUACUACCUUCCCAGCACUUGUAACGCGGAAAGUCGUAUGAUGUACGCCGGCGCGAAAGAACUGAUACGGAACACAAGUGAGGUCGGAAAAGUCAUCGACAUAGAAAGUGCUGAUGACUUGGAGGAGAUACCAAAGAGGUUGGCAGUAGAGUGAAACCUUUGACCAAGGGUUAAGAGCCAAGGAUCAGAGAAUUUAUCGCGGUUUACAAACAUGUAAACUGUAACGCUGGGCGUGGGCUGUCUUUGAAGAGCAAGCAGCCAAUGUAGAUCUACCUGCCUUGAAAUCUAG